AUGCUCACGUUGCUUGAGCCACCUGGUGCGAAGCGGAACCAAAACGUGGCCAACUACAAUAACCGAUCCGCUCAGCACCUACUUAAUUUGGGUUUGUUUGUUUCUUUCUAAAAAACUCGGAAAUCGUCUGACUUUUUUUUGAGUUUUUUUUGAGCGUCAAUAGAAAUCAGGAGAGCGUCUGGAAAUGCUAAUUUAAAGCAUCUGUCUAGUCGUCUUUUCAAAUCGAUCCCCGGCGUCAAGAACGAGACAAUAACGAAUAAUUUGAAGCUAUAUUUAUAGAGGGGUCAAAGAUGGGCAAGUAUAGAACUUAUACUGCCCGGGAGCAGGAGUUGGCUCACAAAGUUUUUUGGAAAAUAGGCAAUAAAAUCAAGUUCCAAUCCCCGGGAAGGUUACAAGAUUUUUGGCCACAUUAAUACAAGUUUUUCUCAGGGACUCGCUUGCUUAAGACAGUGUCUGUUUCGGAGCCACGAAAUUAUUUUUUAAAAUUUUUUUUUCUUUUUUUGCAAUUUUUCAAGGACCUAUUUCUCGAGGUUACAAGACAAGUGAAGUCACAAAAAGGACACAAGCUCUCAUUUUAUUACUCAAAAACCUAGCUUGGUUACCGUAAUAAAACCGGCCGCCUUGAAAAUGCGUGGGGAGGUAGUAUUAAUUAAAGUUUGGGAAAAAGGACGGAUCGGCGGCCUUUAGAAACGUUAUUCCCAUUUAUGUUUAGGGUCUUAUUUGAUCAAGGAAUAUUACCUUAUGACAGAGAUUUCAAGUAAAUGCGGCUUGUUUGGUUUUAAAUUGGAAGUAUCCUAAUUUUAGAAUCUUCAAAUUGUCAUUUAGCUAACUCGGACUUUGGCAACGCGAAUCGGACGUGUCGGGGCAUUUCUAGUGACUACUUUAGUAGCUUCAGUACUCUUAAUUGAUCCCUAGAAUCGCCCAGAAACGUCUGGGACACGUCCGUUUUGCGUUACCAAUGUCCGAGGAGUCUAUUUAUGAAUUUUAAAACGGAAAUUAACAGAAAAAAUGUUUUAUCUUUGCAGCCCCCGAUGAAGAUGAACUUUAUGAAGAAUACGACGACGUCGAUGACUACGUCGACGCGACUCCCGGCGGGAGUUUUCUUACUAACGUACUGCUCCGGAAAAGCCUCAAAACGAUGCUCCGAUUUUUCCAGUUUCUCGACUCGAAACUAGUGUGGAAGUCAAGUUCCGGCGAUUACUGCGAUCGUUGGAAGCGCGAAUUUCGCGCCCGUCCUUCCUGGUGCGACGCCGACUUGUGCUUGCAACAAAUCAAGCGGGUGAGAAAGUUGGCCGUCGGGAUUCAUUUGUUUGACGAAUGGGAUAUUUACAAAUAAUUGGCGGAAUUCGAGCCCUCUCAGAACAAUAUACAGGGGAAAAAACAGGUUUUCAUGAAUAUUCCAACUCAAAAAUAUUGAUAUCUGAGCCUAUAAGAAUAAAUAAAUUUAGCAGAGGCCCUAUACAGCUUACAUUUCACUUUGCGAUUUGAAAAUUCGCUGAAACACUCCUUGAUGUACUAGAAAAAUUUCAUGAAAGUUUCAGCCUGAACAACUCCCGGGUUAUUAAGAAAUGAGGGCUCAAAGCCCCAAAUUGGCCCAUUUUUACGAAUUUUAGGGUUUCAUUUGACUUUGAGGCGUCUUUUUUUUUUGGAAGGUUUUUGCUUUCAAGAUCUUUUUUUGGUAUCUCGAAGAGUAUCCUGGCAAUUUUUCAGGAAAAUACCAAACGAAAAUUCAAUUGAUUUUUCUCGAUUUUUUCAUUUUUCUGAAUACGCAUGUGAAAAAACUGAGAUUUAAUUUUCAAUAAGAUCAAAAAAUGAUCUCCGAGGAGUUUGACCUGAUCAGUGUCACUUUUUUCGUUAGGAAAUAAAAAAACAUUUGGUUUAUUUGAUUGAUUGAUUAAUUGAUUAAUGUCCUCACCGCAAAAAAAAACCAUGCUCCAUUUUUUUUUCGGAACUCUAGCUUGUUCCAAAAGCUUUUUGAUGAACUCGAUGAGAUCUCUGAGCACCACUCGAAAAAAUUGCCGUGAAACAUAAAACCAAACCGCUUAGACGGCUAAAGCGAGUUUUGCGACACGCGGCGUCCCUUUUGUUUGUGCAGGUCGGAGGGGAAGUUUGUGCUUCAUAUCCGUUCUAACUGUAGUAGUAGUAGUGCGUGGAGGAAUGCGCUUUUUGUUUGAAUAUCGAGUUACGAACUUUGAGCCAACCAUUCGUUUUUUUUUUCUCCGCCGUUCUCUUUGCACUUUUUUUCCAAUUAAUCAUUGGUGAAGAGGCAAUUGAAAGUCGGAGAAAAACUGGAAUAGGCCCCCAGCAAACAGUGUUGGGUUUCAAGAGAGAUCAGCUCACUUUUACGUGUCAACUUGGUCCACCACGUGACACAUGUAGAGUUUGAGGGAACUUGAAAACAAAACAGCGGAAAAAUUGAUGUACAAGCUGAGGUUCAAAGAGAACGAAGAUAUUUUGCCAGAAAAAAUGCCGAGGGCUACGGUAGAUUUUUUUUUUCGCAAGUUGAAUGAAAUUUUGUGAGCUCUGAGAUUAGAAGUUCAAGCAGCUAACUCCGCUCUCAAGGCUACAGUAUCUGUCGCGUCAAUUUUUCGGAACGAUGAUCCUUUAAUAGCGCUACUUUUUUCGACUUAUUUUUCUGGCUGUUAGAUCAAAAAAGGAUCUAAAAAUGUAACACGAUCAGAGGAUGAUCGACGCGAAAAGGUAGUUUAUUUAUAGCCCGGCAAACUUUUCACAUUAAAAAAAUCAUCGACAUCUUAAAUUAAAAAAAUUUCGAAAAAAACCUCUAAUUAUUCAGAGAAAGUCGUAAAAAUGUACAGCGUUAAAUCAAGACAACGAAAAACUGCAGAAUUUUCCGUAAAUUGUUUCGUUAAAGUGUAAAACUUUUUUUGUAAAACAAACGGAGUUUGCCGGGCUAUAAAUAAAAUUGAGAGUUUUUCAAUAAAUAUUUUUUGCGUUCACUGCUGCCUUAGGAUACUGUUUGAAGAAGUUUUACACUUUAACGAAACAAUUUACGGAAAAUUCUGCAGUUUUUGUUGUCUUGAUUUAACGCUGUACAUUUUUACGCUUUUCUCUGAAUAAUUAGAGGUUUUUCGAAAUUUUUAAUUUAAGGUGUCGAUGAUUUUUUAAUGUGAAAAAAGAAUAAGAAGCGUCGUUUUCUGGAAAACGAAAGUUGCCUGCUUUAGGGUCGAGCCACCGGCAACCGAUGGGCGCUGUACUCGCGGAGCUUCGUUCAGAAGAUUUUAUUCGCACUCGGGAAUUUCGUGCACACGAACGCCCUUUCGGUGAUCGUUCUGACGAGUCUCGUCUUUGCCAUGUGCUGCUACGGCCUCCAAUUUGUCCACAUUGAAACAGACAUUGUCAAGCUUUGGGUUGCCCGUGAGUUUCCAUCUUCCAAAAGAAAAAGGACAACGAACUGUUCAUUUUCAGAAGGAGGACGACUCGAUGAAGAACUCAACUUUUUGCCCAAAAUCAAGGAAAGUAUGAAAUAUAACAGCUCGGAUGGCGGGAUGGAGAUCAUACGCGAAAACGGCCUGGGCGGCGGAUACCAAGUUUUGAUCCAAACGCCGGAGUUCGAAGGCCAGAACGCACUGAACAUGGGUCCGCUGCUCAAGCACGUCGAUAUCAUGCACCAGAUUGCCAGCUUCAACGUCACUGUCCACGGAGAGUGAGUGGCUGUUUUUCUUCCUACAAGUUCUGGGUUAUCCUAUCUUGAAGCUGAAGAAUAUACUAUUUGCAAUAUCAGAUUUUUUUUCUUCCAUUUUUAGUUUUCAUUGAACACUCAUGCACUGGGCGCUUCAGGCGGGAACGCGCCGGGUGUCUUUUUCUCAUUUUUGCCUUUUCUGUUCAUUUAAUCCAAUAAAUUCUGGCUUUUUUUUCACUUUUAUGCACCUUUUCUCAUCGUGACUCUCGAGUUGAAAAUAAAAUUAACGGGUAAAACUGAACUCUACUCGUUUUAGAUAUGAUAACUUUUUCAGAAAAUUGAACAAAAUGCUUUAAACAGGUUUAGAAAUGAACAUGUAUUAUACAGUUUAAAAACGCAUUUUUUUAAGGUUCUUCCACUUAAAAGGCAAAAAUAAGAGCCAAAAUGCGUCUCCUAUCAGUACCUGAGUAAUAAUGGGAGAUUUUUCAUCACUUUUGCCGUGUUCAAAAUAAUUUUUGCUAAGUGCAAAAUUAUCUCUGAUUCUACGAAAUUCAAUUAUCUUUUUCUUUCUGUGACGGCUUUUUUUGAGUAUCGCUUCAAAAACGACAUAGUUCUUUAACACUCUCUUGAUUCUUUCGAACAGUUUUUUUUUUAAAUGAACUGUUCGAUGACACCAAUUUAAACGCAACAUUAAUUUGAUUAAUCGCCAGAUGCGUGCAGCUGGAAUGGUUGCACAGCUGCAUGCAUCUGUCAUUGCUUUCCUUUUUUUCCGAAAAAAGCUGACAUCUCUAAGGCGAAAUUUUCCACUACUCGGGCAAAGUCGGAAUGGUGGAUAUGGGCCGCAAAAAGGGAGAGGCUUCAAAAAGGCCGCAAAAAGGCAGCAAAAAGAGUCUUUCGAGCCAUCCAUUUUUUCUGGGAUUUUAAAGGCUCAAGUAAUGGUGGAAAACAGGAAGGCAGCAAAAAUGGUGCAUAAGGGCCGAUGAAAUGGCGUAAAAAGGCAGCAAAAAAGGAAAAUUUCUAUGGACCUUUUUCCACCCUUUCCGACUUUGCCUGUGAAUCGAAAAAGGUCUGAAAAGCCUUUAGUAGUAUGCCCCCCAGUCUGGUCCGCGACCCUACAGUACUACAAGCUAUACUACAGUAAGACUGCAGUAUUACUGUAGUAUUAUACACUACUGUCUUUUUUUUACAGGUCUUGGUCACUGUCGGACAUUUGCUUCAAGCCGGCGCCUCCGACGAUCGCCAACGGCUCAGCGGCAGAAAAUCUGGCAGAUGUGAUCGAUAAAAUCGUUCCAUGCAUUUGGAUCACCCCAAUCGACUGCUUCUGGGAAGGCUCCAAGGCCCUCGGACCCCAUCCUCACCUUCAGAAAAGGUAAUCCGACUUUUCUCGAGUCGACAAUAAUUUUGUGCUCCAGCGCUUUGGGAUUCAUGAGCUUCCUGCUGAACUCGAUUCCCAACGGACAGGAGAUCAAAUGGUCCGACUUUGACCCGAUCGCCGUCAUCGACGAAAUUCACACCUCCUUCAAUCUCGGAUCUCACUACACUUUCUUUGAACGAGUAUUUCAACCUCCCCCUUGACUUUUAAUUGACCUAAUUUUAGGCUGGAAUCGGUCACGGCUACAUGGAUCGGCCUUGCAUCAACCCACUGGACCCCGACUGCCCGAAAAUGGCCCCCAACUACUUUGACAUCUGCCCCUACGUGCCGAAGAUCCUCGAACUCGCCAACCAAACUGGAACGCCACUCGUUUCCGAAGUCGCCGAAGACUUUAGCUUCUUCGAUCUCUUUGGUCGCAAGAAGCGAGAUGUUGAAGAAUCGGAAAGUCCGGAUAACAGCACGGAGGUGACAGAAGCUCCGAAGCCGGUCGACCUCGAAGACAAGACCAAGGAGAAGUUGGAACAGGCUAAAGCGCAAGGUGAUUAUCAGAAAUAUAGUAAGGAGCUUGUUCGAAGCUAUAGCUGAUUCACGGCUGACUUGAGCCAUCGAAAAAUGGUCCGAACACGAUAAUGCAUGAAAUGGCGCCUGGCUCGUGGAGAGCGCAGACAGGACACGCCCCCUUAGCGUCCCAAGCUAGCCGUGAAUCAGCUAUAGACAGCAUUGGUGAACAAGAGGGUACUUAGAGAAAUAAAACGCCUGCUUUUUCAUUUUUGAACGCUCUCUAUCUGUAGAAGACUCGAACGUGAAAUCCUGAAAAAAAAAAAACUAACUUCAGAGUGCAAAGACUACCGUCGCUCUGCGAUGACAUGGUUCGCCGCGAAUCGCGACAAGUGGUCGAUGGUCAUGACGAAGGAGCAGGAGCCGAAGCCCGUCGACUACGGAAAAGUCAUGUCCGGUGGCUGUUCCGGCUUCGCUUCCAACGUGCUCCACUGGCCCGAAGACAUGAUUCUCGGAGGCGCGGCUCGCGAGAAACGAGGCGGUCCUUUGGUCUCGGCGGCCGCCCUGCAGAGCGUCUUCCUCGUCGCCAGUCCUCAAGACGUUUUCUUGCGUUUCAAGACCAAGGUCCGUCUGACCAACGAUUCGAGACCAUUCUGAAUCUUUUCAGCCUGGACGCAACCCAGCGAAGGCCAACCUGAAGGAGGAAUGGACCGAGAAGAUGGCCGAAGAAGUGAUCCAGGCGUGGCAGCGGAACUUUACCAGGAAUCUGUACAACCACAAGGAAAACCUGGAUGAGAAUGUGAGUGAAUGGGAAAAGGCUUCAAGAAUCACCUUGGAUUGUAGGGAUCGGAGCGAAGAACCCUGCAUCCGUUGGCGUCGACGUCGAUCGCCGACAUGCUCGAGGAGUUUUGCCAGUUCAACUACACCAUCAUUUUCGUUGGAUACGCUUUGAUGGUUAGCGAUUUCUUCUAGGGUGAAUAGGAAAAAAAGUGGAUUCUAACUAAAAUUCAUUUUAUUUUGUGUAAGAAAGCAAUAAUGGGCGGAGUCGAAACCUCCAUCGUUCCCACGUGACGUCAUCGGCCAAGAUUUCAACUCAAAGAGCGUAAAAAACAGGGCUUAUUAAAGGCGCAGACAACCGAAUUUUCAAAGAUCUUUGAAAAGAGUCAAUUCUUUUUACUUGAACGAAAUUUUCUGCACGAAAGCGGUGCAGUGCAUGCACACGACACACGACACUUUACGGAGGAAAAGUGGGCGUGGCAUCACGAAAAACGCAACUUUUCAAAAGAACCUCUGUUUGGAUCUUCAGAGGAUCGAGACUUUUUUCAGAAAAUGAUAAAGAAGAACAUAGGCAUCUUGUGAAAUUCAAUCGAUUAUGGUUUCUCAAUGUGUUUUAAUAUAUGAGCCGGAAUUCAGAUGCUCUACGCCAUCAUCACGCAAAUGCGACUCGAACGAAAUCUUCCCUCGUCGGAAUCUUUCAUGGGCCUCGCGUUUGCCGGCGUCGUCACGGUGACUUUCGCCUCGGUGGCCGGCCUCGGCCUCGCCACCUGGUUCGGAAUCGAGUUCAACGCCGCCACGACACAAGUCGGAAAGCUCCUCUGACCACAACCCUCUGAUUUUCCAGAUCGUUCCCUUCUUGACUCUGGGUAUCGGCGUCGACAACAUGUUCAUGCUGUUGCACAACUACCGCGACUUGCUGAAAAUGUCGGGCGGUCGCCACGAAAUCGGCAUCCUGAUGCGAGAAACUGGAAUGUCGAUCCUGUGCACGUCAAUCAACAAUAUCCUAUCCUUCUUGACAGGUGUGUUUUGAAAUCUGAAGGUUGAAUCGUCUUUCAAACAAACUGGAAGGAUACAAGGCUCACGUUUUCAAUUGAAAUCAACAUAGUUACAAAAAAUAUGUAUGGUGGCGUCACUUAAAAUUAUCUUAUCAAAAUUAAGAAACUGGAAUUUAUUCAGGAACCCUCCUACCGAUCCCAGCUCUUCGAUCAUUCUGUGCCCAAAGCAGCAUCCUGCUCACCUUUAACUUUAUCGCCAUCCUCACUCUGUAUCCGGUAAAUCGCUCUGUUUUCUUCCCAUCUUCAUCUUUUUCCUCAUUUCAGUCAAUCAUUGCGAUCGACUUGCGCCGCAGAAAAUCUGGCCGUCGUGACAUUUUGUGCUGUUUGUAUGGAGAGACGCGCGAAGAGUCGUACUCGAUGAUUUCGAAGCCCAGGAUUCCGGUAAGCCUGAGUUUUGAGACGGACUUGAAUCAAUGGGUUGAACGAUAUGGUUCUUCUGCUUCCUUAUUUGUACCUUUUGAGCGGCGUCGCCGCUCCAAGUGGAUCAUCUGAAAAUGUAAUUAAUUUUUUUCAGACGAAAAGAACGAUUGGCGUGAGCGAGAGCUCGAUUCUGCCGCCGUUCGACGAGAACAGCACGUCGAACUCGAGCAGCGACGCCCCGGCUCCGUACUCGCUGCACUCGUUCAUCCGCUACUACUACAUUCCCUUCAUCAGCACUCCUUUCAUGAAGGUUUGGAUGUAUCUUUGGCAGGGAAAAAUCAAAUGCAUGUUAUUUAUAACUCAUUAAAGACGAGAAAAAGAUACGAAAUUUUGAAUUGAAAGGGAAUUCAUCAAUCCUUAUCAUUUGGGUUUCGAAAUCUCAAGUUUGAAAGUUUAUUGUGAAAUAUCGCUGUUAAAUUUGAGUCAUAAUGGCCAAUCGGGCAGUUUUUGCACGUCUACCAUGAUUCUUGAAGGAAAGCAAAGAUUAUUCGACGCCCGUAAUGACCAUUUUUCAUCAACCCUGUUCAGAUCCUGAUCAUCUCGAUUUGUGGCCUGAUGCUCGGAGCGUCGUUCGUCGGAAUGAAACGGUCAUCGCUCGGCCUGGAACUCAGUGACGUUUUGCCGGAACAUACGGCGCCGGCGCAGUUCUUGCGGGCUCGCGACAAGUAUUUCAGGUGGGCCUUUUGGGGGGAAAUGGCGAAAAUAAGCAGAAAAAUCAAAAUUAGCUUGGUUUCACUCUCGUUGUCGUACUCGAAAAUGGGAAAGUAGUUUUCAAAAAUUGUCAAAAAUAAUCUGAGCUGUGGCGGUUUCAGGCGCGCCAUGAUAUAGUCUAUUCUGCGCCAGCUUGUCACGUUUUUUUUUUCUCGAAAAGUCUUUUAAUCGAUUUCGACCGUUUUUCGCUUCAAGACCUUUGUUUUUUGUUGUCUAAAGUAGAAGUGCAAAGAAAACUGCUUUAUUAUUUUUUUUUUCACAGUUAGAAAUUGAAGAAAAACGUGGUAUACUCGAAACGAAAGCCGGGCCUCUCUGAGCGAUUCUAGGGAUCACUUAAAAGUGCUGAAGAUACUAAAGUGGUCACUUGAAAAGCCCACACACGUCAGUUUCGUGUCCGAGUAGAAAUAUUGAGGCGUGCUUUGAGGCGCCACAGUUCAGGCGUUUCAUAUUUCUAGAAAAUUUGAAAAAUAUAUUUAUUCUCAUAAACUGUACGAAGUUCCAAAUUGACUCUCACCAUUCAUUUUUCCAGCUUCUACCCAAUGUUUGCCGUUCUGCAAGGACCCAACAUUGACUUUGCUCAUCAGCAACGGCAAAUUGACAAUUAUCGUCAGGCUAUCGGUAGAGCGUGUCUGGAGAUCCUCCAGUAAACUAUCGUUUUCCAGGAACCUCGAAGUUUGUGAUCAAGAACUCGGUGGACGAACCCUCGGAAAAGUACUGGCUGGGCCUGAUGCGCGACUGGCUCUCGAGUCUGCAGCGAAGCUUCGAUCAGGAGAUGGCUAAAGGAGCCUUCGACCUCAGCGAGGGCACCAUCGUCGCCAAGAACCUCUCUGAAGACGCCCGCUUGGCACACGCCCUCAUGUGCAGCUUCGGCGAGAAGUUCCAGUGCAAAGGACGGGUUCGUCACUCGUUGAGCAUGACCUUCACAUGAAUAUGCCUUUUUAGGUUGGUCAUAUCCGAUUGGUUGACAACAGCGGAAUAAUCAAUGUCGACGGCUUCUACAACUUCCUGACGGCUUGGUUCAACGUCGAUCACAUGAUGUGAAUGUUUUUCCCAGAAAUAAUACGCUCGUGAAUUUAUGUUGAUGGAUCCGAAAAAAGUGAAAACCUUUUUACGUUCUUCUCUCAGUCUAUUUGGUUCUUUUUCCACUUUUUCUUAAGCCUUUCAAAUCCUAGCAAUGUUGAGAGGCUACAUAAAGGACGAAAAAUGGGAUCAUUUUUCGGCCAGUUUUUGGUGCGGAACUACCCAUUUUGCCAGUCUUUCCUCAGUCUAUACGGAUUCUUUUUGCUGCCUUUUUCUUUAUUCACCUUUUCUCGAGCCUUUCAAACCCUGACAGUAUUAAGAGGCUUGAUAAAGGACGCAAAAUGGAAGCCUUUAUGCGCCAAUUUUUGGUACAGAACUUCUUGCCAGUAGAUAAUCUUCCACUUUUCCCGAUUUUUGAGGCUAAAAUCUUCAAUUAACCUUUUUGAAGCAAACUUUUGCAGGUACUACGUCUCCCAAGCGUCAUUCUAUCCAACGCCUCCGAAAUGGGAAAUUUCCCCGGACCAUACCAAGAACUUCAUCCCGGCCGCCGAACCCUUGGCCUACUCACAAAUCCCAUUCUACCUGACUGGCCUCACAGAUACACCUGUGAUCGUCGAGAUGAUUGAAGUUAGUAUCGAUCUGAAGAUUGUCGAAAUCUCAAUGGUUUGCAGGAUAUCCGAGGCGUCUGCAAGCGAUUCAGCGACCAUGGUCUGCCGAACUUCCCUCAAGGAAUUGCUUUCACCUUCUGGGAGCAGUACCUCUACCUGACCGGCAACUUGAUGCAGGUCCGGAUUCAGCAGUCAACAGAAGAAAAAACAUUUUGUUUCCAGGCGAUCGGCAUUAUCACACUGGCCGUGUUUGUCGUCAUCUCCAUCCUGCUGUUUAACCCCUGGGCCGCCGCCAUGGUCCUAGUGAUCCUGACGGUGAUGACGAUCGAGCUGGCUGGCUUCAUGGGCUGGAUGGGCAUCAAGCUGAACCCCGUCUCGGCGGUCACUCUGAUCACCGCCGUCGGCAUCGGCGUCGAGUUCACCGUCCACGUCGUCGUCUCCUUCCUGACCUCACUUGGAAAUCGAUCACAGCGAACGUCGCAAGCCGUCGACCGCGUCUUCGUGCCCGUCAUCCAUGGCUCCUUCUCGACGCUGCUCGGCAUCUUGAUGCUUGGCUUUUCCGAGUUUGAGUACGUUUUCGAGCUGUCUCUCGUUAGAAAACUCGGAAAAUGUAGAUGGUCUUCAUACUCCUAAACUUUUUUUCCGAAUAGCAUGAAAUUUUAAAACUUUUGGAGGCACUAGGGGCUGAUUUUGAAAGAUUCUGCUUGCUGUCUAUUCUAUAGAAAAGAAAUCUUGUGAUUUUCUGUUUCCUUGUAAUGAUACGAUCUCACAGGAAGGAGAGAAGUUAAGAAAAGAUUUUCAGAAAAUUUACUCAGUUCUUAAAAUGAUUGUGAGCCUAAGAAAAAACGACCUUUGCUUGAUCAGAACCUAAAAGGGUUUUCUCCAGAUUUGUCGUGAAAUACUUCUUCAUCGUGAUGUCUGCAUUGAUCUUCACGGGAGUCAUCAACGGCCUGAUCCUUCUGCCAGUACUACUAUCGUGGUUUGGUCCGCCGCGCGAGGUUCGCCUAUUUUCCUUUUUUGCGAGUUUCAAACGUGAAUCCUGCAGAUAUCGCCGACGGACGGCAAAGACCGACUGGCGUUGCCGCCGCCGCUCGACCGCAAAAGCCGGGGAUUCAACACCUCCCGAGGGACGUCGCGGCUCGAAUCGGACGACGACGAUGAACCCAGCGGCCUUGUGAUGUACUCUGGCAGGACGGGACAAAAAGCGAGUCGGAGCUCCAGCAGUAACGCCAAAUUGGCCGUGUAG